GAAAGUCGGAAUCAAAAAAAAAUACCACGUGUAUUCAAGGGUGAACAAUGCAACUCCGAGGCAGGCCUUAAAAGAAAAUAAAACUUCGUGCCACUGCAACAACUUCCUCGUCUACAUCUGAAGGGCAUUUUUUCCAGCACAUAAAAUGCAAAUAUCAACCACCAGUCCCUCAGCUGCCAUGUACUCGACAGACAAUGACCGCGUCGCCAGUCAGAACCACAUCACACACAAAACGCCCACCUGCACCUACACCAUACAUUGUGGCAGGUCAGAGUGUCCGGCCGUUUUCGUGUAUGACGAUGGCACUGACUGGCCCACAGUCAACUGCCUCGUUGAUGACCAUUAUCUGGUCUGUACAGGGCGCUUCCAUGGGCUCUCCCCUUCACGUCCCCCCACCGACACCCAAGGCUCACAGUACACGCCGAGCCUUGCACAGCUUACUCCCGGGAGCUGGGGUGUCAAUAACGGCAAUCGCGAUGACUUCAUCAUCGGGAGCUCUAGCAAGCGGAGACAAAAGGAGGAUGAGCGGAAAGAAGACCUGGAGAAUGACAAAUACACCGACGAUGUACAGCCUACAUCCGUCCGGUGCCGCGGAUGCAGCAAGAUCAUCUGCCUUGACAAACGCUCCAGGUACUACCCCGGACUCUGGAUCAAGCACCGGGGCAAAUGCCGUAGUAUCCUCAAACUAGAAAACGACAAGCUAACCAGUAGAAGAGACUGGUUUAGGUCGUCGCAUCCAGAACGGCGCCCGCCAGCCGCCAGCUCAAUUGACGUGAGCAGUGAAUCUUCAGAAGAGGACGAGGAAGAAGUGACCGGUUUCAACAGCCUUGAUGCACCUUUCUAUGGCCUGCUGGGAGAGGGAAGCAAGAUAAUUGGCAUACCGGUACGCCAAUACGAGGGAUGGAGAAAAGGUACAGCCAGGUUGGAUCCUAUAUACUGUGAUAUCGUCCACCCUUCGUCAACAAUGUGUUGUGGAUUUUGUUCAAAAACAAAAUAUAAUCUUCUUUUGAUGUUCUGCAGGAUUUCAGUACUAAGAUCAAUAAAUCGUUGGCAGACUGGAAGACAGUAAUCGUACUAAUCGAUGACCGCGCCAGGUGAUUGACACUUAAGUGUUCGGAAGGAACC